AUGGGUCGUGGAAGAAUAUCUAUGGAACUCAUUCAAAAGGAGAAAUCAAGAAGGACAACAUUUCAAAAGAGAAAGAAAGGGUUAAUCAAAAAAGUGGAAGAAUUUGCCAUUCUUUGUGAUGUUGAUGUGUGUUUAAUUCUCUAUGCUCCCAAUUUCGAAGGUCAAGGAUAUGCUGAACCUGAAAUAUGGCCUAAAGAACCAAAAGUACGAAAAAUCCUUCAAAAGUAUUAUAACACAACAAACGAUAGGCGUCCUAAGAUCUAUGAUGUUCAAGAGUAUUACAAAGAAAGGAUGAAAAAAGUCGAAUUCGAGAUUUCCAAAGUGCGCAAAGAGAUGUUAAAGAUCAUGUAUCCAACUUGGGAAGAAUCUUUCAAUUCUCUUGGAGAGGAACAAAUGAGGUUAUUUGCUGGUCUAUUGGAUGCUAAGCUUGAUGCUUGUAAUCAAAAGAUGAAUAUGCUAAAAGGAGAUGUUAAGGGAAAAAGAAUAGCUCAUGAAUCACACAAGGUUGAUAAACCUAAUAUUCCCUAUUUGACCUCAAAUUCAAAUACCUACUUCAAUUUCAUGCCAAACAACAUGUCUCUACCACAAAUUUACCCUCCAUUGAUGAACAUUGCUGAAAAAAACCCGUUCGGGUUUUGGCCACUUCACCUCGGACAAAGCUCUCAACCUUCUUCAACGCUUUCUAGUGCACAAGGUUCGAACCAGAUGGAGUUUGAUGAAGGUAGAUAUGCACAGUCUUAUCCCGGCAAGCAAGUCGAUGCUAAUUGGACUAAUUGGACUAGUCAGAUUGAUGCUAAUAUUACCUAUGAUCCAAAAACUGGUACAAAAAAGAAGAAUGGAGCUGAAAAUGAUGAGAAUUUGUUACCAUAUUAUUACAAUGGAAAUGCAAUGACAAUGCAAUCAUAUCCUAUUGGUAUGCAUACUCUUCCUUUCCAGAAUCUUCAAAACCUACCACCACAUGGAUAUCAAUUUAAUGGAUUCUAUGAUAUGGAUAUUCUUCAAGCUCAUAUGUUCAACAACUACAUGGAUGGAAGGAAGUAGCUCAUAAUAACUUAAACAUUCUUAGCAUAAGAUUGUUGAAUUUAAUUAGU